AGUGUUUUAUUUUUCAUAAAUGUAUUUUUAUUUUUUUUAUAUAAUUUUUCUUCCACUUUGACAUUAGAGCAUUUUGAGUAGAUCAUUGACAACAUUUUUUUUUACAAAUUAAUCUAUUUUAAUCCCACUUUGUAACUAAACAAAAUGUGAAAAAAGUUGAGGGGUGUGAAUACCUUUUGAAGGCACUGUAUUUCCAUAUUGCAAUUAUGCUGCAUUUUACAGAACAUUUACUGAACAUAAAAUGUAGGUUAAUCGGACUUGCUCGCACAAAUCUUGAGCAUAGCUAAUAUUUUUGGUGAUGGUAGAAAGUAAAGUGCGUCAUGCAAUCUUUUAAAACUUCUAUAUGUGUUUGUUGGUCAUUAAGUGGUUUUUGUCUUGUUUUUGUGUAUUUAGCUGAGAGAUGACAUCGCUGGCUGUCGGUGUGGUCCUCUGCCUAACAGGCUGGAUCACUCUCUACACACUACUUUGUAACACCAAUGGAAGCCGUGGCUUUGAGUGGAACUGUAGGCUGGUCACACUGCUCCAUGGAAUCCUGGCAGUCUGCAUAACAGCCUACAUAGGUUAUGUGGAAGGACCUUGGCCCUUCACACAUCCAGGCACUAAGAACACCCCCCUUCAGAUCACUGCUAUGGUCAUUAGCCUGGGCUACUUCAUCUUCGAUAUGGGCUGGUGUGUUUACUUCCGCACAGAGGGACCGGUGAUGCUGAUCCACCACACCAUGAGCAUCCUGGGUAUCUUGUUGACCCUGAGCUUGGGGGAAUCAGGCAUUGAGUCAUGCGCCGUAAUCUUUGCCAGUGAGAUCACCAACCCUCUUCUGCAAGCUCGCUGGUUCCUGAGACAGUUGGGUCGCUAUGAGAGCCUGACAGGGGAGGCGGUGGAUCUUCUGUUUGUAGUGCUAUUUGUGUUUAUGCGCAUAGUGGUUGGCGGAAGGAUGUUGUACUGCGAGCUCAUCUCCCCAUGGCCCAGGUUCAUUAUAAAGUGUGAGGGAGUUGCCAUGUAUGUGCUAUCCUGGGUGUUCAUGGUGGACAUUGGUCGUUUCGCCUACCGCAAGAGUCAAUCCAAAUACAGACGCUGGAGAAACCAACACAGAGCGGCAGCAGUUAACGGACAUGACGGAAAAACAGACUGAAAGACUUCCUUAUCAUGAUGAAUAAAAACAUCCAAUGUUUAUACUAAUAGACCACCUUUAUACAAUUGGUUGUGCAUACUGUAAACAUGGGGUCAAAGUCAAGCCAUUCUUUGGGCCUAUAUGAUUAUUGAGGACUAUUUUUUUGGUAUUUAGCUAAACACUUGUACAUUUUUUGUUUGCUUUUUCAUUAAAAACAAGUGUAAGAGAUUGUUGCAAAAGCAUCUUGAAAAAUGUACAACUGUAGCAAAAACAAUUGCGACAUAGUUUGUCAUUGAAACCAAAGGACCUAGUGCCAAUAUGAUGAACAGAUGUAUUUCACAAGCUUACUGCAAUGAACUGUAACCUAAUAGUAUAUUCUUCUAAUCUUGUAUCCAGCAAUAAGUUGACUAUUGGGAAACAGACACUUUUGAUAUCCAUCCAUUGAUUCCCUCCAUCCAGAUGACGUAACAUUCCCUAACCAUCAUAGAUUAGGCCACACCUGUUUUGAGACAGUGAAAUUGAACCAAUACUGACUGUUUCCUUAACUUCUGCAGUAUUUUGUUAUUGUAUGCAGUAGUUUUCCUGCAGAAAUUCAACUUUUUUGCAAUGUGUUGGAUAAUUUUUCUAAUUUGUCUAAUUUAAAUUGUGGUACUCCUUAUAAGCCAUGGAAUAUCCCAUGUUCCAUUUCAUUUUCUGGAAGAUGUUUAUAAACGCUCGCUGAGAUUGCAGUGUUAUAGAUUGUGUAUUGUAUGCAUAUUCAUAUGGAGUACAUGACACUGGCUUUUAUAUAACAUAAAACUCAGUAAAAAGCGACAUGUUUCUUAUAUCUGCCUUUCGAUUUAGCUACAAUAAUGCUUUUCACAACGGUUUUUCGUUGACAGUUCACAGCAACAACAAAUCAGUAACAAAUUUGAAAUAAAGUAAUUAUAUGUUUAGUGGCAUUCCAUUGCUUGAUUGGGUAUAUUAGUCAUUAGUCAUUGUUAAUUUGUUGAAAAUACCAACUGGUAAACAGUGAUUUGUGCUAAAUGUUUUGUAUUGGUUGAAAUGUUCCAGUAUGACGCAAGGUCACAUUUCCCAAUAUUGUAUGCAUUCAUAUUUGAAAUUCACUACUUUUAUAUUAAAUAUUUAAAUCUGGUGCCCAAAUAGUUAGAUAUGUGGAUUGGUAUAUUAACAUUAACUUUCACCAUCCCUGUGUCUGUGAUAAGGGAGAAUCAUACAAGUGUGCCUUUGUGACUUUA